GAUCACAACUCCAAUUUCAAUUAUGGAGGGUUACUAUAUUCAAAUUUCCCAAAAAAAAAAAUUCGGAGUUGAAGGACUAGACCGACAUACAUUCAAAUUGAGUGUGAAUCGAAAUCUCGAUUUCAUGAGUAUUCUUCAUCACUUUCGCUAUUGGAAGAGACGGACUGGAAGGAGCGGGGUGAAGAGUUCGUCCACCUCAACAGUUUUCUGUUUGCACAAAAUUCUCGAUCAAUUUCUGUCUUUACGGUCUCUAAUCUAUCUGGAGAUUGAGAUUCCAAACGAAGCAUGGAAUCAGUGGAGGGKUUUAAUCGCUUCAAAUUAGGGCAUCUUCCAACAGUGUUCUACAUUCCCGACUUCGUAAAAGACUACGAUGAGAUCCUGCUUCUGGAUAAUAUUUGUAAAGCGCCUGUGUCGAAAUGGAAAUCCUUGAAGAACAGGAGGCUGCAGAAUUGGGGUGGCGUUGUUCAUGAAAAAGGUCUUCUACCCCAAGAAUUGCCUCCUUGGCUUACAAAUAUCACCAAGAAGAUUUAUGAAGAAUCAAGUCUAUACCCUGAACCCAUAAACCAUGUUCUUAUCAAUGAGUAUCUUCCCGACCAAGGCAUAAUGCCUCACCAAGACGGGCCUGCUUACUUUCCUGUAGUAGCAAUUCUAUCACUUGGUUCGCCCGUCGUUAUGGAUUUCACUCCCCAUUCAAGGUUGAUAUCAUGUACAGACAAGUUGGAAGAAAACUUCAAUGACGAAGAUACUAAUGGAACUUCUGAAGUCAAGACUCACCGACCCUUCUCUAUCCUUCUAAUGCCUCGUAGUUUGCUCAUAUUUAAGGAUGAAGCUUAUUCCGAUUACUUGCAUGGUAUCAAAGACAACAGUCUUCAAUGUUACGAUGAGGCAGUGAACAAAGUUGAAGCUCAGAACUGUCUAUUAGGAUCAGAAAAUGCGAACGGCGAAGUCAAUCACGAUCACAAGUCUUUUGAGAGAACGUCUACUAGAGUAUCGUUGACAUGUCGACUAGUACCAAAGGUUCACAGGCAUUUAAUCAGGCUUUGAACAUCUCUUUGAAGAAAAUUUUGGUUUGUAGAGAAUUAGAAGUUCUAACUAAUUUAUCUGGCGAUCCUAUGUACAUGGUUUCAUUAUAUUAGAACAUUGGUUUUAGAUCUUGGUAAAAUAUUUAUUUGUAAAUGUGAUGUUUAAAACGUUCAAGGGUUGUAAUAUUUA